CUGUUUUCAAAGAUUAGAAAUCAUGAAUAUGCUAAGAUGAUCUGCUCACUUAAAAACUUUCAAAAUUUCAAAAACAACUUUUUAUCAGCUUUUUUGAAUUCUAACAAGAGAAAUAUUUCCCAAAAAGUGUUGAGAUUAAAAAUUCCUAAUAAAACCAAUUGGUUGACUUUUCAAAACUUGAAUGAAACAAAAAAUAUUGGUCUAGUAGAUAAGUCAAACUGUCUCACCAACUUGGAUCAACUGAAUCAUUUGAAUAUUUUGGAGCAUCCAGAUCAUUUGCACACCUUGGGCGACUCAAAUAAUUUUAACACAGUUGAUAAGCUACAUGACUUGCAAGAUGACUUACAAAGUAACUUAGAUGAGCUAAACAAUUCAGUUAAUUUGGAUAAGUCAAUAGAUUUUGAUAAUUCUACUAACUUGAGUGAUUCGAUGGAAACUGAAAUUGAAACUUCUGGUACUUUGGAUACAAAUGAUACUCUUUCCCCUACUCCAAUUGACGUUUUGAACGCCCCUCCACCAAAUAUUCUAUUCGAAACUUUUGAUAAUAAUUCAAAGUUUCCUGAAGUUGAUAAUUCCAUUUUUUCUAAAAUAGAGUCAAGGCAACAUUUUUCACUUCUAGACAAAAAUGUAAAGAUUAAAAAAAAAGAUAAUUCGGAUUUGGAAAGAAGAGAGAACCUUGAAGAAGCAAAGUCUUUAAUUGAAAAAUACUUAUGUUCAAUUGAAAAAAAUAUCACUCAAGAUUUUACAAAUGAUAAUGCAUCUGAUUUACAAGUGGAUAAUUUUUAUCAAAUAUUACAAAUUGAUAAAACAGGCUAUUUACCUCUCAAAAUUUUUCCUUCGAAUUUGUUAAAUCCUUAUGAUUUUUAUAAUAAUGAAAAACCCUUUUCAAGUCGAAUAGAUGAAUUUGACGAUCAAGAAAAAAUUAACCAAUUAUCACAACAAAAGAAAACCAUAUACAAUUACAAAGACUUGAACAGUUUUCAAAAAAAUUAUGAUUCUUACUUAUUCAAUUUUUCAAUGAAAAAUAAGUUUGUUCCAAGACUAUCUGUUACAAAAAUUCUAACAAAUACCUUUUGUGAGUUUAAAUACAUAUAUGAAAUAUAUAAUAAAAAUGCUCCAGAAAAGUCAAAAGCCAUGUUUCAAGGACAAAAAAUACAUUCAAUUUUAGAAAAUUCUAUUUAUCCUGACAAAGCUGAAUUGUUGAAUAACUUUGUUGAAAGAUACACUAUAGGUUCACAAUUGCCGUUGAGAAAAAACGUUGAUAUAAUGGGUUAUCAACUUUUCUCAAAUACCAUAAAAUUCAAAGAUCUUUUCUUCAUAGGAGAAUCCAGAGAAAAUCAAAUACAUGGCUUUAUAAAUACAAACACUUUAAAAAUUGUUGGUAGUCAUAAACCUGAAAGUAGGAAUGAUAGUGAGAAUGAAAAUAAUGAUUUGUUGAUUUCAGGAAUUAUAGAUCACUUAAUUUUAACAAAAACCAACCACAAAGAAAUAGCAAAGCGGAUGGACUUUGAAACAAAUACAAAAUAUCUACAAGGUUUCAAUGAAUCACUCGACUUAAAUAAAUACUCUAAUGAUUUAAAUGACUUCAUUGAAAAAUUUUCUGAAGACAGUGUACAAGAUGCAUUUCUAAAAGAAAAUUUUAGAAUUAUUGUUAGCGAUGUAAAAACAAGAGGAAUAAAAAGGAAACCUGAUCAUCAGAAUGUGAUUGAUGGUUCAAAAUUGCAAAUUCAAAUCUAUCGAAGCUUUUUGGAAAUUUUAUCUGAUGACGUUGAAAAUAGUUACUGGAGUAUAAUAAAAAGUCUCCAGAAAAGAAAUCUAGAUGUUGAUGAACCCUUGUCAAAGGAAUAUAUGUUUAUAUAUUUAAAGGAGUUUCCCGAGUACUUUUCCGAUAUGGUCAGAUUAUCUAAAGGAAAAAAAAUUGGAUUUGAAGACUUUGGUGGUAAUAUAACAUUAAAUCAAAAAAAACCGGAAAUCAAAAUUGAAACUGAUACUAAAGAAACACUGAGACAAGAAAACUCUUCUUCGACAAUAUUUCCAAUUUUUAAGGGAGAAGAUGAAAAAAUGAAUGAUUUAUUAAUAGAUUGGAAAAGUCCAUUAACCUUAAGAUACCUUGCAUAUAGGCUUAGUCAAGUAUUAGGGAUCUUCAAAAAAUUUCUUUCUGAUGAGUUAAAAAUCGAGUAUUAUUCAAAUAAAGAAUUUGGGCAAUCUUUUCUCCACGUUAAUUUUAAUAAGCUUCCAAAGGAUGAACUUGAUAAAGUUAUUGAAAGUAAUAUGGAACUAAUAUUGGGAAAACGAAAUCCUGAUUUAAACUGGAUUGGAAAGGACAUGAGAAAAGUUGAAAAAUAUUGUAAAUACUGUAAUUUUAGAGAAAAAUGUGGAUGGAGAAAUUAUAUGAAAUUAUAGAACAUUCAAAUUAAAUUGUUUUUAGAGAAUGUAUUGUUGAAUCAUAAAUUCCUGAAAGAUAAUGGAUAUAUAAUGACUUUCCGUGUAGAAAUUAAAUAAAUAAUUA